AUGUCCCUCCUCAAACAGCUCUCCCGUCUCCCCCGGAAACCCCUUCGCAUCGCCCCGAUUGCUGCCACCAAGCGCACCAUUGGAUCCGUCAGUGCAAUCGACUCGAGCAUCUUCCGCACCCUCUUCGGUACAGAAGAGAUCCGAAAGGUCUUCGACGAUGAAUCCUACAUAACCCGCUGCGUCGAAGCCGAAGCGGCUCUCGCGCGCGCCCAGUCAACAUGCAACGUCAUCCCCUCGCACAUCGGCUCCCUAGUCACAAACAAAGCACUCCCCUCCUCACUAGACAUGGACCGCCUACGCAAGGAGACCGAGAUCGUCGGGUACCCGAUCCUCCCGCUCGUGCGCCAACUCUCAGCCAUGUGCGGCUCAGACGCAGGCAAAUACGUGCACUGGGGCGCAACGACCCAGGAUAUCAUGGACCUCGCUUCCGUCCUGCAAAUGAAGCAGGGGCUCGAUAUCGUAGAGAAGCUGCUGAACGACGUCAUCGCCGUUCUGCGCGGCCUGUCCGUCAAAUACAGAGACGCGCCCAUGGCCGGCCGCACCCACCUCCAACACGCCCUCCCCGUAACAUUCGGGUACAAAUGCGCCGUGUGGCUGUCGAGCUUCCAGCGGCACGCGGCGCGCCUCAAGCAACUCCGCGAACGCACCCUCCUCGUGCAAUUCGGCGGCGCAGCGGGCUCCCUCGCGUCGCUGGGAUCCGGCGACGCCGGCCUCCGCGUCCGCAAGGCCCUCGCGGACGAACUGGGCCUCACGAACCCGCCGAUCACAUGGCACGUUGCGCGCGAUGGCGUGGGCGAGAUCACGAACUUCCUUGCGCUGCUUGGCGGGUCGAUGGGGAAGCUCGCGCUCGACGUGAUCGUCAUGUCGUCGAACGAGCUCGGCGAGGUGUCGGAGCCGUUCGUCCCGCACCGCGGCGCCUCCAGCACGAUGCCGCAGAAGCGCAACCCCAUUUCGUCGGAGGUGAUUCUUGCCGCGUCGAAGCGGCUCCGCUCGAACGCCUCGCUUGUGCUUGAUGGUAUGGUUGCGGAUUUCGAGCGCGCCAGUGGGCCCUGGCAUCUUGAGUGGAUUGCCGUUCCGGAGAGCUUUGUUCUUGCUGUGGGCGCGCUGGAGCAGACGAAGUUUGCGCUGGGUGGGCUGGUUGUGCAUGAGCGGGCUAUGUUGAGGAAUCUCCAUUCUACGAAGGGGCUUAUUGUUGCUGAGGCGGUGAUGAUGGGGCUUGCGCCGUUUGUGGGGAGGCAGAGGGCGCAUGAUAUUGUGUAUGAGGCUUGUCAUGCGACGAUUGAGAGUGGGGGGAGCCUUGAGGAGGAGCUGGCGAAGAAUGAGGAGGUGAUGGAGAAGAUGGGACUGGAGAGGGUGCGGGAGUUGUGUGAUCCAGUUAAUUAUUUGGGGGCUUGUGGGAGGAUGGUGGAUGAUGUUUUGGCGGUUGAUUGA